UUCUUUAACCCUAAAUUGUCUGAACCGGUUUGAUCGUGAUUUCGGGUAUCGGAUCUUCCGAAAUUUUCACAAUCGAUCCCUUCCCCCUUCUUCAACGGCACAGCUUUUUCUCAGGUAUGCUUCAGCCGGGUGUUUGAUCGGAUAACUUCAGUUUCCGGCAAAUAGAGGAUCAAUUUGGACUCUCCGACUCGAGUGAAACUGAAACAGGACCCAACUUUUUAUGGGUGAGGCCAAUAAGUCCACCUCCACUGCCGAGGAGGACUUGCUUCUCAAGAGCUUCUUCGCAGAAGUCAGCGAAGUCGAGAGAGAUAACGAAGUUAUCAGGAUCUUGUCCUGCUUCAAGUUGAAUCCAUUCGAGUAUCUGAAGUUACCAUUUGAUGUGUCCCCAGAAGAGGUGAAAAGGCAAUAUCGUAAGUUAUCAUUGCUGGUUCACCCUGAUAAGUGUAAGCAUCCACAAGCAAAAGAAGCAUUUGGAGCAUUGGCAAAAGCCCAGAAGCUAUUACUUGAUGAGCAAGAAAGGGAUUAUAUUCUUAGCCAAGUCAAUGCGGCAAAAGAAGAACUCCUAGCAAAGAGGAAGAAGCAGUUAAAGAAAGAUACAGCUUCUAAAAUAAAGUCAUUGGUCGAAGAGGGAAAAUACGACCAACAGUAUGAGAGUACCGAAGAAUUCAAGCAAGAGCUAAAAUUGAAGGUUCGAGAAAUUUUAACAGAACAAGAAUGGAGGAGGAGAAAGAUGCAGAUGAGGAUUUCUGAGGAAGAAGGCAGAUUGAAAAAAGAUGAAGAAGAAACAAAAGAAAUGUGGAAGAAAAAACGUGAGCAUGAGGAGCAGUGGGAAGGAACAAGAGAACAGAGGGUUUCAAGCUGGAGAGAUUUUAUGAAGGGUGGAAAAAAGGCUAAGAAAGGGGAAACUCGACCGCCAAAGCUGAAGACUGAGGACCCCAACAAAUCAUAUGUCCAGCGGCCAGUAAAGCGAGGUUAAAUGAAUGUACUCCGGCGAGUACUCCGGCGAAUAGUAGGGGAGAUUGUGGAUGUAGGCUGGCAGUAUCAAAUCUUAUUACUCGCCUGUAAGCUACAUAGUUAGAAUGCAAAUCGUAUCUAUAUAAACAUCAAAGCUGUAAAAUCUUCUUACUAAAAUUAAAAGGAUUGUUUUAAUUAUAGUUC